UGGGAGACUCGAUCACUCUUUUCUACAUGGACCAGGACGGAAGGCCUUACGAGGGAAACUCGAUGAUGUUUAACGUCAGCAUCAACGACGGCAAAUGGCAUCGCGUGAGCAUCAGCGUGAAGGGUGACAGCGCUACGCUGCUGGUGGACUGCCUCACCAUUCAGACGGUGCCGCUGCCUCGCAGUUCUCCCUCGCAUAUAUCCCAGGCCGGCAUAGGGCUGCUCGGUCAACAGCUGCUCGAAGACGAAUUCUUUGCCGGAGAUAUUCAACAAAUGGAUUUGAUAGCCGGUCCUGAGGCGGCGUACGAACACUGCCGUCUCUACAUGCCCAAUUGUGACACCCCGAUCCCGAGGUCGACCCUAGCGCCGGCGUCGUGGGGUGAGAGCGAGGUGGAGACCGCUGCUAGUGUCACCAGUAGCUAUGCUACCAAGAAUGCUGACGAGAUCAUCACCAUCGAGGGAGGAGACGAUGACCCUCAGUACAGCGGCUAUGAACCCUACGACAACUCUUCAUACAACUCGGGAGGUUUCGACUCGAGCUCAUACGACGUGGACUUACCAACCGGCGUUGAGCGCGUCAUCCGGGGCUACCCGGGCCCAACCGGCCCACCCGGACCUGUGGGGCCCAAAGGGGAACGGGGUCGGGACGGUCUGGACGGGACAGACGGAGGGGAAGGAGCUCCCGGUCACGUAUUCAUGAUACCGCUAAACCUACAAGGGAACCAGAAGGGUCCAGACGGCAUGCUGGAGCAGUUCCAGCAGAUGUUGUCCCAGCACAUGAUGGCCAUGAGGGGCGUGGCGGGGCCCAUGGGCCUCACGGGCCUCCCUGGCCCCGAGGGCCCUCAAGGGGAACCUGGUAUCAAGGGAGAGCCUGGCGACGUUGGCCUACCGGGACCCCGUGGGAUGCGCGGGAUGUCAGGUCCGCCGGGCAAGAACGGGCGACGGGGUCGGCCGGGUCGGGACGGCGAGCGCGGGCUGUCGGGCCCGCCUGGGGAAAAAGGCCUCAUCGGCCAACCCGGUCUACCUGGACUGCCUGGGGAGAAAGGAGACAGAGGCUCUAAAGGCACUUCAGGCACUCCUGGACUGCCUGGACACGAAGGCAUGCCUGGGGAAACAGGCGCCCCUGGAUUACCUGGACUGCCUGGUGAAAUGGGCCCCAGAGGCUUCCUUGGGCCCCGAGGUUUUCCUGGACUGCCAGGGCCACCGGGGAUCCCAGGGAGCGAAGGAGGCCCGGGCCGUAAAGGCAGCGACGGGGCCCCUGGUCAGCCCGGACCUCCUGGACAGUCGGGGCCCACUGGACCUGUAGGACCUGCCGGGCCACAAGGCCUCGUUGGCCCACCGGGACCCGCUGGACCUCAAGGCAAAAAUGGAGUGCCUGGACUGCCUGGAGAAGACGGCUUGCCAGGUCUUACAGGAAACCAAGGCAUGCCUGGACCUAAAGGAGACAAAGGACCGCUAGGCAGCUCGGGCCCCGCUGGAUUCCCUGGCCCCAGGGGGGUCAAAGGCGACCAAGGAAACCGAGGCCUUCAAGGGGAGAAAGGGGACAAAGGGGAGCAGGGUCCCUACGGGGAGAAAGGGGACAUCGGCUACAAGGGGGAGCGAGGGGAGCUCGGCCCUGCUGGGGUUGCUGGACUGGAGGGACCCGAGGGACCUAAGGGGCUGGAAGGACCUCGUGGAGAGGCCGGUCCUAGCGGUCCUCCAGGCGAGAAAGGAAAACUUGGUGUCCCUGGAUUCCCUGGAUAUCCUGGUCCUCCUGGAUCGAAGGGAGAUAAAGGUUCUCCUGGACUAGUGGGAAGGCCUGGCGAUAAAGGAGAGCGUGGGAACCUCGGCUUGCAAGGGGAACGUGGCGAACAGGGACCAAGGGGCUUCAGAGGAGCUCGAGGUCGUCGCGGAAAGCAAGGAGAAACCGGGCCCAAAGGUGACACUGGACAGCCUGGGUCUGAAGGUCCCCCCGGAGGAACGGGGCCUCAGGGCCCAGAAGGACCCAGAGGCUUCGAAGGCCCCACCGGCAACCCCGGAGUUGACGGCAAGAACGGCAUCCAAGGCUCUCCCGGAGAGCGAGGACCUCCCGGAGAGCCAGGUUCGCAAGGUGCAAUUGGCCCCCCUGGAGUCAUCGGCCCCAUUGGCGUGACUGGUGAAGUGGGCGCUGCUGGGGAACCUGGUCCUCCUGGACCUCCUGGGUCUCCAGGAGGCGAAGGACGUCCAGGAGAGGCUGGAAAGGAAGGACCACCUGGACCCAUGGGCCCGCCUGGAAAAAUUGGUCCCGUUGGGCCUCCAGGUCUGCCUGGGUUCCCCGGGGAACGAGGACUGCCCGGAAUUCCGGGUGCAAACGGGCUAAAAGGCGAACAAGGGCCCCCUGGCCCGCUUGGGUCACCUGGCGACAAAGGAUCAAUAGGAAUUCCAGGUGCAGCGGGCCCUCAGGGGCUCCAGGGUAAAACUGGUCCACCAGGAUCUCAGGGUCCAUCUGGAGCCAAAGGAGAAGCGGGAGAUCCUGGACCAGCUGGACCCACUGGAAGAGAUGGCCUGCCUGGAGUCCGAGGGUUACCCGGUUCACCUGGUCCCGUCGGAGAACCUGGGGAGGAUGGUGACAACGGAGAGCCAGGGCCUCCAGGGGAGAAGGGCUACAAAGGAGACAAAGGAGCACAGGGCACAGUUGGUAUACCAGGAACAGCUGGUCUAAGGGGAGCACCCGGAGCCGCUGGAGCACCCGGAGAGCGAGGUCCUCCAGGAGUGAUGGGCCACGCAGGGAGGAAGGGCGAGGACGGGCCGGUAGGAGUACCCGGUACUCCAGGCUCCCCUGGACAACAAGGAUUGCCAGGACCCCCUGGAGAACUCGGCGAAAAGGGUGACAGAGGACGUCGCGGACUUCCAGGACCGAUAGGACCGACAGGAGAGGCUGGAUUACCUGGCACCAAAGGAGGUCCCGGACUUCCUGGUCCCGCAGGACCCGAUGGGCUGCAAGGCCUGAAGGGAGAGCCAGGGCCUCCGGGUUUGCCCGGGGAUCCAGGAAAAGAUGGAGAACACGGAGGACCAGGACCACAUGGACCCAAAGGAGAAGAAGGAAAGCCGGGACUGCAAGGAUCACCAGGCAUCCGAGGAGUAAUAGGACCUCCUGGUCCUAAAGGCAACGCAGGACCGCCAGGCUUCCCGGGCCCCACUGGUGAACCUGGCAAACAAGGUAUCAAGGGCGAACCUGGAAAAGAUGGCGAGGAUGGAAAACUUGGUGACCCAGGACCUAUAGGAGCUCCAGGACCGCCGGGACAGAUGGGGUUGCAUGGAAGCCCUGGAAAGCCUGGACCAGAAGGACCUGGUGGGCCUCAAGGGGCACCUGGUCUGCCAGGCGACAAAGGGGACCGCGGCGUGUCGGGCCCAGCUGGCCCCGCUGGCCUAACCGGGCCACAGGGACUGCCGGGGCCUCAAGGCCUGCCAGGCCUACGUGGAUCUCCUGGGCCCGCCGGCGACGUUGGAGUGCCCGGCAAGGAGGGGCCAGCGGGCCAGCAAGGCCAGCAAGGCCUCAGAGGGGAAAAAGGCAUGAAGGGAUCGCGAGGACCAGGAGGACAAAAAGGACAUCGAGGAAGGAUAGGCGUCGCAGGAGCGAAGGGAGAUCUUGGCGAGAAGGGAGAGCCUGGCAUGAAAGGGCCUCAAGGGCCCCGUGGAGUGAAGGGUGAACCGGGGCCAGUCGGACUUCCAGGUAACAAAGGCAAUGAUGGGCCACAAGGCCUGCCUGGUCUGGGUGGGCCUCCAGGACCCAAAGGAGUUCCAGGAGCAACUGGACCCAAAGGAGAAACUGGUCCAGGCGGCCCUCCAGGCUUGCCUGGACCUGCUGGAGAGCUUCCCUUGCUGCCUCCUGAGCUUCUGUUCCAGCGAGACGCCCCAUACGACCCGAGCCAGAACCAGCGCUACAAGAGAGAAGCUGCCAGGCCCACCAGAAGAAGAGGCCGUAAUUCCAGGCCCAAUAACAGAGGCGAUGACGACGUGAAUACUCCAUCGGACGAGCCAAAUGGAGAACUAGACUCGAUCGACACUGAUGAACUUGAUGGAAAGCUCUUGGACAUGUACACAAAUAUCUACACCAUGCGGCAAGACCUCGACCAUCUCAAGAAACCCAUCGGGACCAAAGACAAUCCUUCUAGAACGUGCAAGGAUCUUUUCUACGGACAUCCCAAAUUUAAAGACGGCUGGUACUGGAUCGACCCUAACCUGGGCAUGCCGGACGACGCAAUCUACGUGUUCUGCAACAUGACCGUCGACGGGGAGACCUGCGUGUCCCCUGACAUACACUCGGCCAGCAUCGUCAACAUUCCAUGGAGGAAGACCGCCAACUCUGAUGCCAGGUUCUCGGACCUGCGAGGAGGCUUCCAGAUCACAUACGAGACGGUUGGCGUGGUGCAGAUGAACUUCUUGCGGUUGCUUUCGUCGUACGCGUACCAGAACUUCACGUACACGUGCGUGCAGAGCAGGGCCUGGUUUGACGAAGACAGUCUCAGUCACGACAAAGCAAUCAGACUCAUAGGGCAGGACGAGCACAUCUUCUCCAUUGACGCCAACAAACCUGACGUGCUCUCUGAUGGAUGUGCGUCGAAAAUUGGUCUCCCUGGGAAAGGCAGCACCAUCUUCGAGAUCCGCACCACCAAACUUGCCACUCUCCCUCUGGUGGACUUUCAGCCGCGAGACUUCGGCUUACCGAACCAAGCUUUCGGCUUCAAAGCUGGUCCAGUGUGCUUCAAAUAAUAUUCUCAUUGCAGGGGGAACAAAUAAUCCUAAAGUUCAGCUUGCUGAUGGAAGAAAUAAUACUAAAGUUCACCUUCCUGAGGAAAGAAAUAAUCCUAAAGUUGGCCUUGCAGAGGGAACAAAUAAUCCUAAAGCUCCCCUGGCUGAAGACUUCUUCAAACAUUCAUUUAAACCCUUUGUUGACGACCGGAUUUUCUCGAGUAAUCGACAAAAUUCUACUUUCAGAUGCCUUAUAGAUGCUUUUAAUUUCUUUGUAGUGUUAAGAUGGGCAAUAAAAAUUAUUCCCAACUCAGAAAGCUCGAUGCGCCAUUCCAAGAUUUCUUCAAGUUCAACGAUGAUACCCAAAAGUUCUGUAGCAGGAACUUUUACGGAGUACGUGUCAUUUUCGACACUGAAUUGUUGUGUAAUUAGUCUCUGUAUAAAGUGUACACAGUUUGUUAAGAAGUGUAGAAAGCUGAAUAAUGUGUGGAUGAUUGGAGUGUGCAUGAACGUAUUGAUGAGUCACAGUAAUGCUGAAUGUUUUCUGUCUGGAUUUUCAGACACUUUCUCUUUCCUUUAUAUGGGCGAUAUUAGAAUAAGCUUAGGAGUAAUUCCCCUUAAUUUGUAUAAAGGUAUAAAUGUUUGUUUUAUAUCUAUUCAUUUUAAGCAAGAAUGGAUCUAUUCUUGAUUAAUCA